UCCAGUUACCUAGAUCCCUUUCGCCAGCCGCACCUUAGAUCCCUUGGCCUUUCCGUCUCGUGAAUCUUGGAUCUCGGGUCAACCCUGGCCGCUUUUGACGGACGGUUUGCGGAUUUUAUUCCUUUAGCUCGAGCUUUAGCUCCCAUGGGGCUGCUUAUCCAGCGUCGCGUCGUCUCGCUGCUCGCCAUCUUCCUUCUCGCCGCGUCUCUCGCGCCGGCUCUUGGGGCGGAUGCCGAUGCCACUGCAACUCCGCAGUUCGCGCGCGCGCGGCUGAGGCGGGCGGGGGAGCUCACGCCGGAGCGGAUCGAGGCGCAGCGCGCGUGGCUGUCGUCGUCGGCGUUCAAGCAGCGCCUCCUCUCGGCCAGCGGGCUGCGCCCCGACAACGCGGAGACCGGCGCAAACGGCGCAAACGGGGCGCGCGCGGGGCCGGACGUGGUUCCUUUGAACAACUUCAUGGACGCGCAGUACUACAUGGAGAUCGGCAUCGGGUCGCCGCCGCAGACGUUCAAAGUGGUGCCCGACACCGGCAGCAGCAACCUCUGGGUGCCCUCGCGCCGCUGCUACCUCUCCCUCGCGUGCCUCAACCACGCCAAGUACGAUUCGCGCAAGUCGCAGACGUACGAGGCCGACGGAACCCCCUUCGCCAUCCAGUAUGGCAGCGGCGCCAUGAAGGGCUUCCAGUCCAAAGACCAAGUGACGGUCGGCGACGUGACUAUAGCGGGGCAGACCUUCGCCGAGGCCACCAGCGAGCCGGGCCUUGCCUUCUUCGCGGCAAAAUUCGACGGGAUCAUGGGGUUGGGCUUUAAGGAGAUCUCGGUGAAUCAGAUCGUGCCGCCCUGGUAUAAUAUGUUGGAGCAGGGGCUGGUGCCCGAGCCCGUGUUCUCCUUCUGGUUUAACCGGGACCCCGAGGGGGAGGCGGGCGGGGAGGUGGUGUUUGGCGGAGUGGAUGAGGCGCACUUCAAGGGGAAGCACUCGUGGGCGAAUGUCAGCAGGCGCGGGUACUGGGAGUUUAAGAUGGGCGAUGUGCUCAUCAACGGGUCCACCACCAGCAUCUGCAAGAAUGGCUGUGCGGCCAUCGCUGACACCGGCACCUCCCUCAUCGCUGGACCCUCGGCAGUGAUAGCAGAGAUCAACGCGGCCAUCGGAGCCAAGGGCGUGCUCAGCCAGGCGUGCAAGCAGCUGGUGCACGACUACGCUGUAAUCAUCAUCGACCUGCUCGAGCAGAAGAUGGAUCCGUCCCUGGUGUGCCAUGCCAUCGGCCUCUGUGAUGACAUGGCUGCCAGCACCGCCCACAGCACGCCCGUGCCCAGCAUGAGCCGCCGCCUGCUAGGCUGGGAGGAGGACCCGAUCAUCAAGAUGCCAGGGGACAGCAACGUGGACGAUUCUGGCGUGAAUGGUGCGAUCGGUGACAAGGCGAGUGGCAGUGGCAGUGGCAGCGGCAGCAACGGGGGGCGCUUGGGAGACCCCAAGUGCUCCCUGUGCGAGGCGACGGUGAUCUGGGUGCAGAACCAGCUGGCAAGAAACAAGACUCGCAGCGAGAUCAUCAGCCACCUCAAUAAGAUGUGCGAGCACAUUCCCAGCCCGGGAGGGCAGGCGCAGGUUGACUGCAGCAAGGUGCACAAGAUGCCAGCAGUGGCGUUCACCAUCGGGGAGAAGCAGUUUGAGCUGCGCCCGGAGCAGUACGUGCUGCAGGCGGGGCAGGCCGGCCAGCAGCUGUGUAUUAGCGGCUUCCUGCCUCUCGACGUGCCUGAGCCUCUUGGCCCCAUCUGGAUUUUGGGAGACACGUUCCUGGGGGCGUACCACUCGGUGUACGACUUUGGCAAGGCGCGCGUGGGCUUUGCCGAGUCCGCGUGAUGAUCAGCAUCAUGUCGACUUGGUGUGGUGGGGUGGCAUUGAUUAGACGCUGCGCUCAUGUUGCGUCCGGCAUUCCAUCUACUCGGUUGAAUAUGCUGCUGGUACCUUGGUGCUCAGUCAGUAGAUACUGUUAGGAAGACCUGUGGUGUGGCACUUUUCUCUAUCAAACUAUUUGGGCAUUCUGUAUUGAAAGGAAGUUGCUAGCUGCAAUGGUCACAUACUGGUGGCAGUACUCAAUUCAGGGUAUUUGAGUUAUUGUGGCAUGCCCACAAGCGGGAAAGGGGGAAUGGCUAGCCGGCUUAGAACCACAACACCCUAGCUGAUUUUAGCUGACGUGCAUGGUGUUUCUAGCCCUGAUC